UCGCGAUCGGAAGUACCAAAAGCGAAAGUGGUUGCGGGCUGCUCUCUUGUGCAAUCGGCCCCGGGAGUGAUCGCGUGUGCUACAUACAGAAUAUAUUACUAUCGAGGACUCGAAAGCAUUCAGAUAAGGAUCAACAUGACGGGUUUCGUAGUGACAUUUUCUAAGCAGUAUGAAAACAUGUCGGAAGGUGCAGAUCCGAUCAUCGACCACUGGCCACUGAUGGGUUCCCCGACGCCGGUUCUCAUCAUAGCCGGCUGCUAUCUGCUGUUCGUGCUGCACCUCGGACCCCGGUGGAUGCAGCAGCGCAAACCACUGGAACUGAAAGCGGCCCUGAUAGCCUACAACGCCGCCCAGGUGGUCUGCUCUACGGUGCUGUGCGUACAGCCGUUCUUCUUCGGCGGACUCGGUCACAUGUUCAGCGUUUCUUGCCACGCGAACAGUGUGGUGAACAGCGAUCUUCAGCUCACGAUUUGGAAGUGUACCUGGUGGUACUUGGUGCUGAAGCUGGUCGAGCUGCUGGACACGGUGUUCUUUGUGCUACGCAAAAAGCAGAAUCAGGUUUCAUUCCUGCACGUCUAUCAUCACACCAUAAUGGUUGUGUUCACUUGGGGUUACCUUAAAUAUCUGCCAGGAACUCAAGGAGCUUUUCUCGGAUUCGUCAACUCGUUCGUACACAUCGUCAUGUACACGUACUACCUGAUAGCCGCCCUCGGACCCCAGUAUCACAAGUACCUCUGGUGGAAGAAGUACAUGACGACGCUGCAGCUGAUGCAGUUCGGCAUUAUGCUCGUGUAUCUGUUUCUGAUCAUCACCUUCCAGUGCAGUGUGCCGCGAUCGCUCAGCUUUUUCUUCGUCAUCAACGUGACCAUUUUUCUGUUUCUCUUUUGGAACUUUUAUCGGAAAGCUUACAGCGGCAAGCAGCUUCCAGCGAUGAAGAAGGAGUUGUGAGCUGGGUUUCGUUUUUAUUAUCAUUCGGUUUAGAUUAUUUAAGAUCAAUAUUUAUUAUCAAAUAAAGUAAUU